AUGCUCUGGAACAGUAGCAGCGCGGAAAGCGACAAUUCAAAGCACGAGUACGAGGAGGGUGAGAUGAAGGAUCGGAGGAUCAUCGUGUCCAUAGAUUUCGGCACAACCUACUCUGGCAUUGCUUGGGCCGAAACAAGCAGGCCGGACGUCCAGCACGUCAUCUCGAACUGGCCGGCCACCACAUCCUUCAGGAACAGCGCCAAGGUUCCGACAGAGCUGCGCAGGGUGGCGUCUGGGUGGCAAUGGGGCUUCCAGAUACCAGAAGGUGCAAAGAGGAUCCGUUUCUUUAAGCUGAAGCUAGACGAUUCUAGUGGACAGAGUAGGGAUGGGGAGACCCCGGAGGAGUUGACGAAGGUAUACCUCUCCUGUCUUCACGAGCACUUCAUCAGCGUGCUGGAGAAGCGGCUAUCGCCAGGCGUUGUCAGAUCGACGCCCAUGGACUUUGUCGUCACCGUUCCCGCUAUCUGGUCCAAUGCAGCAAAGGAAGCAACAGAGAGGGCGGCAGCGAUGGCGGGAUUUUGUGGAAAUCAAAGGAUCCAGCUGAUUACUGAGCCAGAAGCCGCAGCGCUGUGCACCCUGAAGAAUCUCAGCCCAUCGACCUUACAGCUCGGGCGAAAAUUUGUCGUGUGCGACGCCGGAGGAGGAACGGUCGACCUGAUCACCUACGAGGUCACCGAGGUGGGAAAACUUGAGCUAAAAGAGGUUACCGAGGGUACUGGCGGGCAGUGUGGUUCCUCUAUGCUGAACAAGAGGUUUCGCCGACACCUGAAGCAGACCCACGGAGACAAGUACUGGACUGAUGACAGGUUGGUGUUUGCCCUCAAUGAGUUUGAAACGUUUAAGAAGAGCUUUUCGCCCAAAGGGGAGCCGAUGACCCUCAAGGUCGAGCCUAGCCUGGGAAUAAAGCGUAAUCGAUACACCAUGCCCCAGGAGGACAUGAAGAACAUGAUUUUCGACCCUAUCAUGAGGGACAUCAUAUGCCUGAUCAAGGAGCAGCUGUCCAUGGCCGGAGAAGAGGUGACUGCCGUUGUUCUGGUGGGCGGAUUCGGUCAAAGCCGCUACCUCCGGUCCAAGGUGCGAGAGGCCAUCGCUUCUGGGACUCAGGUUCUUCAACCCGAGAAUGGCUGGACGGCCGUCGUCAAGGGCGCUGCUAUCCACGGACUUGCCCAGUACGGUCCGGGAACGGCCACGGUGGGGAUCGCCUCUCGAGUUGCUCGACGAUCAUACGGCACCUGUCUUUUGGCCAAGUACGACAUGUUGAGGCACGACCCGAGAGAAGCGUACUGGUCGUCCAAGGAAGAGGAGAUGGUCGUGAACGAGAUGCUAUGGUUCAUACGCAAGGGCGAGUCAUACCCAGAAGGAAAGCCAUCCACCAUCGAGUAUCAGUGCGACAUCCCCGUAUCAGGCUAUGGACAUGAGCCGCAGACCGAGAUCGAGAUAUUCUGCAACGACGAUGCCGAGCCUCCCGUUCAUGUGGACGCUGCCACCCGGAGUAUCGCAACGCUCUCGCUCGACAUGAACAAGGUCUCUGACUCGGUCAAGCGGGAGUCUUGCAUCACGCGCAUGGGCUACCACCGAUACUACUCCCUUGAAGGGGCGAUUGAGGCUAGAUAUGGGUCGGCAAAGAUCACAUACGCGGUCAAGCUUGGGGGAGUGACCCACGACAUGGUCACAGUUCGAUACGAAAACUAG